ACGGAUUCGGAAGUACCACCCAAUUACCAUUUAUGACAAAUAUCACAUGCGCACUAGUAUUGUAGAAUCAUCGACUUUAUCAGUUUUUAUAUCUUUUAAUUUUUACAAAUUUUAUAGAAUUUAGUGAACUUUUUUUAAUUUAAAUAUAAAAGAUGUCUGGAGAACCAGAAAAAGUUGUCGAUGAAGUAUUGGAAGAUGAGGAACAUGAAGUUGACAGUUCUUAUAAACCACCACCAGAAAAAACAAUAGAAGAAAUUUUAGCAGCCGAUCAAGAAGAUGAAAGUCUUCGAAAGUACAAAGAAGCUUUAUUAGGGCAGGCUCAGCAAGGGAAAAUUAUUGUUGAACCGGAUGAUCCACGAAAAGUGAUUGUAAAAAGAUUAGCUCUGUGUGUAGAAGGACGCGAUGAUGUUGUUUUAGAUCUCACUGGUGAUUUAUCGAAGUUAAAGAAGCAAACAUUUACGAUAAAGGAAGGUGUUAGCUAUAGGAUUCGUAUAGAUUUUAUUGUACAAAGGGAAAUUGUUCAUGGACUGAAAUAUGUACAAAAAACAUACAAAUUGGGUUUACCAGUUGACAAAAUGACACAUAUGGUUGGUUCCUAUCCGCCAAAGGAAGGAUUACAAUCGUACACAACACCACCAGAAGAUGCACCUGCUGGUUUAAUGACACGAGGUUCAUACUCGGUACAAUCAUUGUUUACUGACGAUGAUAAACACGAGCAUUUAAAAUGGGAAUGGACAUUCGAAAUAAAGAAAGAUUGGAAAGAUUAAAGGGAUUGAAGAAAGAUGAUAACGCCGCGAUGACAUCUUAUUAUUUUCAUUUCAUUUUCUUGCAAUCUGAAUUCGUUCAUCAUCAUCAUCUCCAUGUUGGUGGAUUCAUUGGUGCUACUUAUAGUUUGCACGUCGAUAUUUUUCUUUUU